GCCACAUAACUAAUUUUUUUCCCCAUGACAAUUUUCACCCCUACAUUGUAUUUUUAGGUAUUAUCAUGUGUUUCUUCAAUGUUUUGUUGUUUUCUGAAGAACAUGAAACUCUGGUGGUUACAGGUUUUCAGGUAUAACGGUCAGUAUGAUCAACUAGAGCUAUGCCUAGAGCCUCAUGGGCACUUUGCAAUAUCUGAAGGCAUCGAGGAACGAGUGCUUGGUCAAACUCCACGUGUUUCUGAGGCUAGUCCCAUUGGCUCAGUAGCUUCGCUGCCAGGAUCUAGUGGCAUUGUGUCCACCAGUGCCAUUCCUAAACGAUCAGCCCACGUACCCUUUCAAGGUAUGGGACACACACUACGGGAAAGCCAACCAACUAAUAGUAAAGUUACUGCUGAGAGAGGAGUUACCUGUCCCAAAACUCCAUUCACUUCUCAUUCUGUUGCUCUACUAGGGGCUACCCCCUCCAGUAUACUGCCUCAAACAGCUACUCGUAAAGGUCCUGGAUUUUCUGUCCUUGGUCCAGAAGAAGUAUGUGUCAUUAAAAGUUCAGAAGAUCGAUUGAAAGAACUGGUGUCUAAACUAGAAAGUGCUGGUCAUUCAGGUGAGGAGGACAACUUGAAAAGAUUAGUGUGCCUUGAGGAAGAUACUGAGAUGGAAGAAACAUUUACCGAAACAAGUAUUCAUCAUCCUGAUGAUGGAAGUAGUGGUCAAGAUCCACUGAAGAUAGAGAAGGACGAGACAUUGUGUCAGAACAUGGAGACUGAUGAUAAGUGACAGGAAACAAAGUAAUGUUUCUAGAACUAGGGAAGAGCUAAUGGUAACAGAACUGUGAUAGUAACACUUGUGUUGUUUUUUUAAGGAAACUUUUACAUUUAUUAGUAUACAGGUAUGAAAGGUAUUAAUUUGUAAAGUUAUGUAUUAUAAAUUAAACAUAAUUACAUUGAGAAUUCAGUUUCAUUACUAACAAAAUACCACAAAAGAGGUUUGUUUGUUUUAUGUAAAGGAAGAUGGUGGAAUAUACAGUGAUUCAAGAACUGAAUGUUGGUUCUUACAAUGUAGAUCAUUACCUGUUGUUUCAUGUAUAGCAGCUUAAUGUGUUGAAGCACGUUCUGCCACUAAUUACAGCUGCUAGCUAAAUAACUAUUGAACAAGUAAAGUGUUUAUAUACUGUUACUGUGUUUAAAUUCUGAAUCAUUCAACCAUCUGAUCUUUAUUUUAUCAAUUUAUAUAUAAAUAUAUAUAUAGUCUUUCCUCAGCCAAUUUCUUCCUGUGGAUAAGAUUCGCUAUUACAAGCCUAACAGCAUAAAAAAACGUUACAUUUCUGCACAUUUUAAGGCCAAAUAUACUUAUAACCCCAGUAUGUGAGCAAAGUUUUUAGGAUAUUUUGUUCCUUAACUGUAAUGAAAUAAAUGUUGGAAAGCAAAGAAAAAGUG